CCCUCUCACUAAUCAGCUGAGUGGGAGAGAUAGGUAACAACAUUUAAUCAAAAUAGCAGAGUACUUGGAUCAAAUAUACAUUAGUUGCCGUAGCAGAGCAGAGCUGAGCGAGAAGAGCGGAAAGAGAGUCUCAUCAGAAUGCGGGAGAGAAAUGCGGAAAAUACGGUCUGCCCGACCAAGAAAUUGGAACAGCAACAGCAACAGCCAAAGCGGGCAUAAUCGGAAAGCUGCCAGUUGACAUUGUGCUAGCUCGUGGGCCGCCACGAUUACGGAGCUGCCGCGCCAAUAUUUGUAAACACAGUAGUCGCCAUCCGAUCGAAGCGAUACGAUCGCCAGGCUUUCGACACGAUGCAGUUUGUGGCCAGUGAACACCAACACCGCCGCCUAAAUCCUUUGAAUGGCCAGUGGGUCCUGGUAUGCCCACACCGAACCCAACGCCCGUGGUCGGGCCAGCAGGAGAAACCGCAGAAGAACGAGGUCCCCGAAUUCGAUCCCAGCAAUCCCCUCUGCCCCGGAGUGACACGCCCCAAUGGAAUUGAAACACCCGCCUAUGAAAGCACCUAUGUUUUCGACAACGACUUUCCGGCCUUGGUGGAGUCAGUGCCCGUCCCGCCCAACGGUGACGACCCUUUGUUCCAGAUCUCUCCGGCUCGGGGCAACUGCCGUGUGAUGUGCUUUCAUCCCAAAUCGAAUCUCACCUUGCCCACGAUGAGUGCAGCGGAAAUUGAGGUUGUUAUCGACGAAUGGAUCAGGCAGUUUAACGAGCUUAGUGCCACUUAUGCCUGGGUUCAGAUCUUUGAAAACAAGGGAGCUUCUAUGGGCUGCUCCAACCCGCAUCCCCACUGCCAAAUCUGGUCCUGCUCGUUCCUGCCCACCGAACCGCAGAUCAAGCAGGAGCGUCUGCGCGCCUACUACACUACCAAUGAGCGACCUCUGCUGGCCGACUACGUGGAACGAGAACUGCAGCGGCGGGAGCGGAUUGUGAUUGAGAAUCCAGACUGGCUGGUGGUGGUGCCCUUCUGGGCAACCUGGCCCUUCGAGACGAUGCUUAUAUCGCGGAACAACAACAAGCGCAUCAACGAUCUAACUUUGGAGCAACGCCAAAAUCUUGCCCUGACCAUUAAGGAGCUGACUACCAAGUACGACAAUCUGUUCCAGUGCUCCUUCCCGUACUCGAUGGGCUGGCACGGUGCGCCCACCGGUCCUGAGCACGCCCACGCCUCCAGUGCCCACUGGACCCUGCACGCCGUCUACUAUCCCCCACUGCUACGCUCAGCCACAGUGCGCAAGUUCAUGGUGGGCUUCGAGCUCCUGGCCAUGGCGCAACGGGACCUGACACCCGAGCAGGCGGCUCAGCGGUUGCGGGAAGUGGAUGGCACAAGGCACUAUUCUGAGAAGUAGAACCUAUAUUCUGCUAAAAAGAUUUUAUUAACUAUAAACUAUAUUUUCUGUUAAAAUUAUUAGAGAAAUAAUAUGAAAUGCGACAAAUAAAUAUUCUAGAAUAACGCGUUAA